AUGGCUGUUGAUACGACUCUGUAUGAAUUGCUUGAAGUCGAAGUGAAUGCUUCUUCUGAUGACAUACGUAAGGCGUACAAGCGGCAUGCUUUAGCAAAUCAUCCUGAUAAGGUACCAGAGACGGAACGUGCGACAGCUUCUGUUCGCUUUCAAAAAAUCCAACAAGCCUACGAUAUUCUUCGUGACCCUCAGUCACGGAGUCAAUAUGACCAAUAUGGUCUCGAUGAAAAAGGACAGCCUGCAAUGGAAGAGGCUGGGUUUAUGGAAAUGGAUGACUUGCUCUCACAGAUGUUUGGCAUGCCAAUGGGUGGUGGCCCUGGAAAGUUUGCUGCUCGUGAACGCAAAAGACGAGGUUCGGAUGUGAUACACGAAUAUCCUAUUUCUUUGGAAGACAUGUACACCGGUAGGGAAAUUAAACUGGCUGCCACGCGUGAUGUUACUUGUUCAGGUUGUCAAGGCACCGGUGGAAAACGAUUUGCCAAAGAACGCACAUGCGUUGCUUGUCAGGGCCGGGGUUAUCAGCAUCACAUUCGCCAGGUGCAGGGUCACUACUUGACGAAUCAACAAGUUAUCUGUCCCAAAUGUUCUGGAAAAGGUGUUGCAUUCAGAGAGAAGGACAGGUGUAAACGGUGCAAAGGUAAAGGAGUCACUGACCAACGAAGGAUCCUUGUUUUUAACGUCCCCCCUGGAUCGCAUGAUGGAGACAAAAUUGUCCAACCUGGUAUGGCUGAUGAGGCCUUGGGUAUGGUUCCUGGUGAUGUGAUCCUUGUUUUGCGCGAAAAAGACCACAAUGUGUUUGAGCGUUUAGGAGAUGAUUUGAUGGCUACCGUUGAAAUUUCUUUGGCCGAAGCACUUUGUGGUUUCUCUCGUGUUUUAAUUACCACAUUGGAUGGACGAGCUUUGAGAUAUACUCAGCCAGCUGGAAAGAUACUUCGCCCUGGAGAUUGCAUAGUUGUGUCCAAUGAGGGUAUGCCGAAAGGCCGGUAUAUUGAUGUUCGCGGUGACCUGUAUCUCAAGGUUGAUAUUCUGUUUCCGCCUGAUUAUUUUUACCAGCAACCAGACGUUGCAAGGAAACUUGCACAACUUCUUCCACGCGCACCGCAUGUUUCUGUCAGUGCAAAUACUCUAAUUGACGAUGUCGAGGGUCGAAUUGGAGAUAAAACGCAAUUCGGUGGUGAAGCCCGUUUUGCUUCACAUACUGAGGAAGAGGAAUACUAUUCGGGAAAUUCUCAGAGUGUGCCUGAAUGUACGGCUCAAUAG